AGCAAGCCUCAAAGCAGCACUGGACUAUGACUUGCUAAAUGUCACGCUAAACUUGUUACAGCUGUUUUACUCUAGAGUAGAAGCAAUGGAGAUUCCAAUAUUUACUGUUGAUUCUUUUACUAAUUUACCGUUCAAAGGUAAUCCUGCUGCAGUAUGUCUUUUAGAGAAUGAGCUACGAGAUGAUCUUUAUCAGAGCAUUGCUGCUGAGAUGAAUUUAUCAGAGACUGCUUUUAUCACAAGACGGAAUUCUAUGGAUUUUUCCUCAGGUGCGAGGUUUGGAUUACGCUGGUUUACUCCCACAUGUGAGAUGCCACUAUGUGGACAUGCAACACUGGCCUCAGCCGCAGUGCUCUUUUACAUGAAAAAAAAUGUCAACCCUGUACUGGUGUUUGAGACGUUGAGUGGGGAGCUUUAUGUACGUCAGCAUGAAGAAUCUCUAAUAAUGGACUUUCCCUUAAACAAACCAAACCCCCAGGAUCAACAUGAAAUCAAGGAUCUUUUGAAAGCCGUAGUAGGAGAUGCACCCAUUCAGGAUGUGUGCUAUAAUCCAACCACAAGGAACCUAAUGAUUUGUCUGGCUGAAACAUGCGACAGAUCUGAACUUACAUCUUUGAAGCCUGAAGCAAAAUAUCUGCUGAAAAAUGAAUCUACUGGGAAGAUUAAAGGUGUCAUUGUUACAAUGAAGGGAGCCUCAACUGCACAACCUGGAUAUGACUUCUAUUCCCGUUACUUUUCUCCUUGGUUAGGGGUCCUUGAAGAUCCAGUCUGUGGGUCUGCGCAUACAGUUCUUGCUGCCUACUGGUCUGAAAAGCUGAACAAAAAGAAAAUGUUGGCAUACCAGUGCUCCAGUCGUGGAGGAGAGUUGGGGCUGGAGAUCAGGGAUGAUGGUCGACUCAACAUCAGUGGUCAGGCACAGAUCAUUCUCCAGGGAACCCUUAAAAUCUAGACAACCUGAAAAACCUUCUCAGUGAAUGUGUUAAUAGCUUAACCCUCUGGUAUUGAUCAUUUGGGGGUCACACUUGUGUUGUUCACAGUAAAAGCUGACCAAACGAAAUGUAACUUUUUUUAUUUUCAGUAAAAUCAAUGUAAUAUAUUUUUGUUCCAUUAAUAUUUUUUUCUUUUUUCUUUUGUAUUUUGACAGAAUUUCAUAGUACUAAUUAAUAUUUAUGCAAUAAUUAUGAUAAAUAUUUUCCCAUUGGAAAUAAUACAAAUGCCUUUAAAAUCCAAUUUUUGAAGUCAGAUUAGUGCCAUCUGGUCGGAGUAAAAAAAAAGAAAAAAGAAAAACAUCUGCAAUUCCAUGGUUUAGCCACUAGAUUCCUACAUAGAUCUAUAUAAAAGGCUUAUAAACCCUCUAGUGGUUUUUAGCCAUAAAGACUUAUUUUUAUUAAGUUGUGGAUCUGGAUAUAUAUUUAGACAUUCUCAAAGACACGUUUUUGUAAAGGUUUAGAUUUUUUUUUUUUUUUUUUGUCUUAGUUUUUGCAUUAAUUUUACUACAGUCAAACCUGAGCACAGAGAAAGGCAUUUUGUUACACAUAACAAAAAUUCAACAAAAAUGAACAGGAAUGCUUUAUCAGAGAUUAAUCAAUCUGAUUUCUACGACGGCGUUUUAGUGCCACGUUAAAAAAAAAUAUAAAAAAUCGAAGAUUACGAGAUUAAAGUCAUAAUAUUUCGAGAAUAAAGGGGUCCAGGGUCACAUAUGUGUGUCUGUGGUGGGGAGUGGGUGGAGUGUGUCUAUUUUGUACUAUUGAUAUUUUAGUGUCACCCCUUUAUUGCUGUGCACUCUUUAUCUGCAUCAUGAAUAAUUUGUAGAUUGUACACACAAAAAAUUCUCUGUAUUUUCGUGUUUUUGCAUAUUUCCCAUUCAUUUCCAAAGGCAGUCAUUUUUGACCGUGAACAACAUAAGUGUGACACUUUUUAUUUACGGCUAUUUAGCUUUUUCGAAUCAAGUCCACAAUUUUUUUUGUGGUCACAUAGCGACUGCCAUAAAAGUCACCAAGUUUAGUACCAUUCCGAUGAAGUAGCGAUUUUUUUAAAACUUUUUUUUUCCGGUCUAAAAUGACCGAACAGCACCAGAGGGUUAAUGGAAAUAAGUCAAUUUUCUUUCUUAAAGAUCUGCAAACUGAUGUUUUGUUCACUGAAUGGGCAAAUGUGUUUACCUGCGUGCUAAAAUACAAUAAAAAUAUUUGGUUUUAAAAGUCUGCAGAUCUAAAUGUAUGUUUUAUACAUUUUAUUGCAGAAUACUAAUAAAACUGUCUAUUUUACAGGCAUAGGGAGAAACUGAUGCGAGAGAUAUUUACAAGAAAAUACCAAUAGGUAAAAAUGCAAAUAUUAUCG